GGCGAGCGGGGGAGAGGCGGGGAGGAGAAACCCCACAACAAAACUUGCGUCGCCGAGCGCACGGCGGGACUUGAAUGGAAGGAGCCCGCGGAGCGCGGCGGAGCGUCUGGAGAGCGCGUUCGGCCGGCGGGGCGCGGCGGGGCGCGGGGACGCAGCAGGCACCAUGGCCCGGAGCAGGGCGCUGCUGCUCCUGCUGCUGUUGCCUCCACAGCUGCAGCUAGGACUGGUGCUCGCGGUGAGGGCCCCUGUGUUUGGCCGAAACGGCGCCCACAACCUGAGCCCUGAAGAGAACGAAUUUGUGGAGGAGGAGCCAGUGCUGGUCCUGAGGCCUGAGGAGCCGGGGCCUGGCCCAGCCACCAUCAACUGCCCCCGAGAUUGUGCCUGCUCCCAGGAGGGUGUCGUGGACUGUGGCGGUAUCGACCUGCGCGAGUUCCCAGGGGACCUGCCUGAGCAUAUCAACCACCUGUCCCUGCAGAACAACCAGCUGGAGAAGAUCUACCCAGAGGAGCUCUCCCGGCUGCAUCGCCUGGAGACUCUGAACCUUCAGAACAACCGCCUGACAUCCCGAGGGCUCCCCGAGGAGGCGUUUGAGCAUCUGACCGACCUCAAUUACCUGUACCUGGCCAAUAACAAGCUGACCUUGGCACCCCGAUUCCUGCCAAAUACCCUGAUCAGUGUGGACUUCGCUGCCAACUAUCUCACCAAGAUCUACGGGCUCACCUUUGGCCAGAAGCCAAACUUGAGGUCCGUGUACCUGCACAACAACAAGCUGGCAGAUGCCGGGCUACCAGACAACAUGUUCAACGGUUCCAGCAACGUGGAGAUCCUUAUUCUGUCCAGCAACUUCCUGCGCCAUGUGCCUAAGCACCUGCCGCCGGCCCUCUAUAAGCUGCACCUCAAGAACAACAAGCUGGAGAAGAUCCCACCAGGUGCCUUCAGUGAGCUGAGCAACCUGCGGGAGCUGUACCUGCAGAACAACUACCUGACUGAUGAGGGCCUGGACAACGAGACCUUCUGGAAGCUCUCCAGCCUGGAGUACCUGGAUCUGUCCAGCAACAACCUGUCGCGGGUCCCGGCCGGGCUGCCGCGCAGCCUGGUGCUGCUGCACCUGGAGAAGAACGCCAUCCGCAGCGUGGACGCGGACGUGCUGACCCCCAUCCGCAGCCUGGAGUACCUGCUGCUGCACAGCAACCAGCUGCGUGCGCACGGCAUCCACCCGCGGGCCUUCCAGGGCCUCAAGCGGCUGCACACCGUGCACCUGUACAACAACGCGCUGGAGCGCGUGCCCAGCGGCCUGCCCCGCCGCGUGCGCACCCUCAUGAUCCUGCACAACCAGAUCACGGGCAUCGGCCGCGACGACUUUGCCACCACCUACUUCCUGGAGGAGCUGAACCUCAGCUACAACCGCAUCACCAGCCCGCAGGUGCACCGCGACGCCUUCCGCAAGCUGCGCCUGCUGCGCUCGCUGGACAUGUCUGGCAACCGGCUGCACACGCUGCCGCCGGGGCUGCCCCGCAACGUGCAUGUGCUGAAGGUCAAGCGCAAUGAGCUGGCUGCCCUGGCACGCGGGGCGCUGGCCGGCAUGGCCCAGCUGCGUGAGCUCUACCUCACCGGCAACCGGCUGCGCAGCCGGGCUUUGGGCCCCAGUGCCUGGGCAGACCUUGCCCAUUUGCAGCUGCUGGACAUCGCUGGGAAUCAGCUCACAGAGAUCCCCGGGGGACUCCCUGAGUCCCUCGAGUACCUGUACCUGCAGAACAACAAGAUUAGCACCGUGCCUGCCAAUGCCUUUGACUCCACACCCAACCUCAAGGGGAUCUUUCUCAGGUUUAACAAGCUGGCCGUGGGCUCCGUGGUGGAAAGCGCCUUCCGGAGGCUGAAGCACCUGCAGGUCUUGGACAUAGAAGGCAACUUUGAGUUUGGUGACGUUUCCAAGGACCGGGAUCAAUUGAAAGAGGAGGAGGAAGAGGAGGAGGAGGACGAGGAGGAUGAGGAUGAGGAGGAAGAGGAAAGGCGAUAGUGACCAGGACGAUGGACGUCGGACCCCUUUCUGCAGCACGUGCCUGUGCCCUGUGAGCCUCCACUCUGCCCCCCUCGACACAUCCAGCAUUGCACCCCCAUGCCCCCCAACACAAGCUGAACACACAGUCUCCCGUCCCCACAUCUUCCUACAGUUUGUGCCACAGCCAGACACUUGCAGAUACCACGACCCACCUACACACAGCCCGCUGCACAUUGCCCUCCAAACUCUACCCUCACCUCCCCCCCCCCCCCAUCACUCCCUCUGAAUCACACAGAUUCAGGGAAGGGCCUGACCCCACCCUGGCGUGCACGGGCUUACCACACACACACACACACACACACACACACACACACACACGCACACACACACACACACACACACAGUCACAUGCAAACGGCCCUCCUUGGCCUAUGCCACAACAGCUCUUGCCCCAGCCAGAAGUGGCCAGAACAUCUUGUCGCCUGCCUGUCCGUCAGUCUGUCCAUCCUCUGGAGAAGACACAGAGUUAUGUCCGAGCUCUCUGCGGCCAGGUGCCUACUACCCUCUGGAACUCACAAAAGCUGGCUUUUGUCCCUUCUCCCUCCCUCCGGGGACGGGAACCUUCAGGACUGCUGCCCCAGCCCCACCCGCCCUGCCCCCAGCUGCUGGGGGAGUCACUCCCUGCCAUUCCCUGGCCAGCCACAGGCACGUCUUGGAUGGGCAAGGCCAGAGGACAGUUCUCCUGGGCCUGCCACGGGCCAUGGGCAGGAGUGAGUGGAGGUCCUGGCGCUGGGCUGAGUGAGGAAGGGCCGGCCCCACCCAGGAGACACCACUUUUACUCUUCGGGCCCGCAGGGAGUGCUGGGUACCUUUUUUUUUUUUUUUAAGAAAAAAGUGAUGAAAACCUCAAAGCUGAUUUUUUUUUUUUUCUACAGAAAAACUAAUAUAAAAGCAUUAGCCCUG